AUGGGAAGGCCGACGGGUCGAGCCGUCGCGUGCAGAGACCGGUCUGUCUGCCGGGUUUCGCCACCAUCCUCUGCGCUGUCGUCCGUCCGUGCUCCGCGGCGCAGCGCCCCAGAGCUGCCUCCUCUCGCUUUGAUCUCGAUGAGAGUCUCGAUCUCCGACCUGUCCGCAGCCCAGUCGCCGCCGGCCGGCGGUGACUCUCCCUCUACCGCCGCGGCUGGGUCACCUGCAGCUGAUACGAGGGGCGCCGACUGCGGGCCUCGCGAACUGGCAAAAUCAGCCUCACUGUCUGUCGCAGCUUUCCAGCGAGACGACGAGGCCAACCGAGCAGACUCUGCUCAAGAGACGGCCGAGCCGACGCCGCGGUCGCUCGGUCCCACUGAGCACAGCGAUGGGGACUUCUCCGCCGCAGAAGCGCUGGAGCGCGACUCGAGCACUGAGGAGGCACGCCACGCGUCCGCGUGGCGUGGCGCCCCAAGGCAGGCGCGCGUGGAAUCGAGCCGAAGCUGCGGGCUGGACUCGCGCCUCGCUCUCUUCCGCGGCGACAUGCGCCACCGGCAGGGACACACCGCUGAGCCAGAGACACGCGCCGCCGCCGCCCUCGUCGCUGUCAGCAGCGGGCUGCCCUCCACCGCAGGGGACAGCGAGGAAUCCGCCACGCCUCGCCAGCUCGACGCUGACGCGGUUGCGCCUUCUAGGGGCGAUUUGGCGGCAGGCUGCUGCGCCUCGCCUCGGCGCCCGCCGUUGCUGACGCUUCCACCGACGCCCCAGACAGGCCUCUCGGCCGGUGAGGACGCCUGCGAGGGCGCGACGACGAGCCGGAGGAGCGAGGAGGAGCGCAGGCGCAUGGCUGAUCUGCUGUCCUCCACGAGCGCGGUCAUGACGCAGCGUCUGCACGUUUUGAAGCAGAGCAUGGAGACGAAGGAAGCGAUGAUUGACGCACUCCUCGUCCGCUGUCGAGAGCGCGAAGACGAGCUGGAGAGCGUCAACGCGCUGCUCGUGCCGCUGAUGGCUGAAAACGCCGAGUUGAAAGCAGAGCUCGAGACGCGGAAGCAAGACAUCGAAGAGAAGGACAUGGAGCUCUCAGCCCUGCGCCACGCCUUGCACGCGUGCCUUCGAAAACCGCCGGUCAGCCACGUCCCUGGCGCAGACGAGACGCGCGUGGUUUCUGGCGGCGGAGAACGCCAACAGAGCCUGCAGCGCGAAUGGUGGGGGAUUGAAGAGGAGACCGAGAGAGCGCGACGAAACAGGGCAUGCGCCAGAGAGAGACACAGACAGCGGAGGGUCGGGGGUCGGCGCCACCGCUCUUUCCGGAUGCUCGGGGCGCUGCCAGGCAUCCACCUCGCGACGCCAGAGACCGUCUGCUUAUCGGCUGACAGCAGAAUGUCUUCCCUUUCCUCCUUGGGCAGUCAGUUGACUCGCUCUCUGAGUCCUCGCUCCGGAGCUGCGUCGCCGGGAAGCGCCGCUGCUUCCUCUGCGCCGUCGUCGAGGCCGUCUGCGUAUAGGGCUUUCCUCAAAUUGAAACAAAGGAGGCGGCAGGUGCGGAUGCAGAGACGACAGAGAGCGAGGACUGGGCUCGCCGGACGCAGUGGCGCGCCACACGAUGCGUGCGUCGACAAGAGCGGGAGUCCUUGCCGCGUCCAGAAGGAAGGCGGUUCUGUGGAGAGCGCCGCCGCGCCCGCAGAGGCAGAGGCUGAGCGAGGCGCGGGACGCGGCUGUCGCCAGCGAACAGCCCACGAGGCAGCGACGCCGCCGGAGGUCUCCUUCUCUGGCGGCGGCCCUCCAGAAUGUGGGCGAGAGGACAAGGAGAAGGCUGGAGCGCAGGAAGGCGCGGCGGAAGGACGACAGCAGACAGGGCGCAACGAAGAGCUGCGUGCACGUGAGGGAGAGGCAGAGUCCCCUCCCGGAGGCUGCCUACCGGCUGUCGAAAAAUCGGCACUCACGCAGAAGGGAGAAGGGAACAAACGGCUCCAUGCCGCGGCGCUUGUUUACCCCAACGCAUGGUGGUGGUCGUCUGCGCUGGUGGCGCACAACGCCUUAGCGUGA